GGCAUGUAACGCCACUGCAGUGUGUUUAUCUCCAAUGAGCCUUAUUAGCGAAUACACCGCAGUUUUAUUGGUACCAUUCAAACCUACCGACAUGAUCUUUAAGGAAUAACCGCAGCGCAGUGCUUUUCUAAUCAUCUACGUCAGGAAUACCGUUUUAAUUCGUGUUAUGGGAUCGAAAGGCUCGCUAGGCCGAUGGACCGACUGUAACGUCAAAUUGAAAACGCUGCGGUAUUUUGCAGCUUUGCUGAAACGCCAAGCUCCGGUCUGGUGUAGGUAAAAAAAAGUAACAAAAAAAAACAUGCCAGGGAAACUGAAGGCCAAAAUUGUGGCGGGCAGACACCUGCCCGUCAUGGACCGUGCAAGUGACCUCACUGACGCCUUUGUUGAGGUGAAGUUUGGAAACACAACUUUUAAAACUGAUGUGUAUCCCAAGUCUCUGAAUCCCCAAUGGAAUUCAGAGUGGUUUAAGUUUGAGGUGGAUGAUGAGGAUUUGCAGGAUGAGCCAUUACAGAUAACUGUUCUGGAUCAUGAUACAUACAGCGCUAAUGAUGCGAUAGGGAAAGUUUACAUCGACAUUGAUCCACUACUUUCCAGUGAAGCUGCUACAGUCAUCUCUGGCUGGUUUCCCAUCUACGAUACCAUACAUGGUAUAAGAGGGGAGAUCAAUGUGCUAGUUAAGGUGGAACUUUUCAAUGACCUGAACCGAUUCAGACAGUCUUCCUGUGGAGUCAAGUUCUUCUGUACCACAUCUAUUCCACGAUGUUACCGUGCUGUGAUGGUUCAUGGCUUUGUGGAGGAGCUGGUAGUAAAUGAGGAUCCAGAGUACCAGUGGAUUGACCGCAUCCGAACCCCACGAGCUUCCAAUGAGGCCCGUCAAAGACUCAUCUCUCUUAUGUCAGGUGAACUCCAGAGGAAGAUUGGUCUGAAAGUUCUUGAGAUGGGUGGGAAUGCAGUGGUGGGCUACCUGCAGUGUUUUGACCUGGAAGGGGAAUCUGGCCUUGUUGUUCGUGCCAUCGGCACUGCCUGCACACUCGACAAACUCAGCAACACAUACACACCUGCAACAGCCAUAAACCCUUGUAACUCAUCUCCGUCAAAAGAUAUAAAAGACUCUCCGCAGGCUGUUCCUUCUGCUCUUGGAUGUCGCUCCACUCACAGCAGUCCGGUUCACAGUGCAAGCAGCCGUCUCUCUCAGGGCUUCUCCGUUUCUGUGCCAACCCUGCUGUUCGCCGGUAUGAAACACAGACACAGGAGCUCAGACGGCCCCAGAGCCAGGCAGUGUAGGGCGGGUUUUGGGGAGGAGGCCCCUGGUGUCCCGUUGUCCUCCGGACCCCCCACCCCUCUGAGAGCCCAAACCUUCUCCUCCUUCUCCCCUUCCAAGUCCUACAGCCGCCAGUCCUCUUCCUCUGACACGGAGCUCAGCCUUACCCCCAAAACUGCAAGGAUUUGUCUGUCUCCCAGUUCUCCUACCCUUCAAUCUAAAUCUUCACCCAUUCCCACUACUAAGGCCCUCAGGAGUACAACUCCUCCCCCUCUCCAUGUGAGCCAGUCAGACACAGCCAUGCUGAGAAAGAGCGUGUCCUUCAGUGAGGACCUGUUACUGGCAGCCUCCGGUAUGGGCAGUGGUGGCAGUGCUGGGAAGGAGGCAGGGCCUCUUAAAGCACUUUUAAGGCAGCAGACUCAAACAGCUUUGGAGCAGAGGGAGUUUCCCUUCUUCACCUUGACCAGUUUCCCUCCUGGUUUUCUGCUUCAUGUGGGUGGGGUGGUCAGCGCACGAUCGGUCAAGCUUCUGGAUCGAAUCCACAACCCUGCCUUGGGUAACACCAGAUCAUACAAACUGCUAGACUGGAAUAGUUUCACCGCAGAUGAGCCUGAGACACGAGAUGCUUGGUGGGAGGAGAUCCGUCAGGAGAUAAAGUCUCACGCUAAAGCUCUGGGCUGUCACGCUGUGGUGGGCUACAGCGAGUCCACCAGCAUCUGUGAGGAAGUGUGUAUUCUCUCAGCGUCGGGCACUGCUGCUAUCCUCAGCUCCCGCUUCAUGCAGGACAGCGCCCUGGACACAGAACACAGGUUGUCACGGCAACAAGCGUCUGUCUUUACCUCAGGGGCAGAGAAGGGCGAGGGUGAUAUGGGUAGUACAGCCUCAUUAGGGUUUGAAGACCUGAUGUCCCCUGGUUGUGCGUUUUGUCACAUCCCAUAUGAUGAAUUGAACAUGCCAUUUCCCGCUCAGCUCACAUACUGCCACUGCUGUCGGCGCUAUAAAGUCCCUGAUGUGCUCUUCACUACUAUAGACCUGCCUACUGAAGCCAAUGUUACCGGCAAGGGUUGCCUUAUACAGGCCAGGUUGUGUCGGACUAAAAAGAAGGCUCAGGGGGAGGGCAAUGCCACAGCCAUUAGUAACUUGUUGCCCUUUCUGGAGUACGAGCUGCACACACAGCUGAUGAACAAGCUGAAGCUGCGCAGCAUGAAUGCACUGUUUGGCUUGCGCAUCCAGAUCAGUGUGGGAGAGAACAUGCUGCUAGGCCUGGCUUCAGCUACAGGGGUUUAUCUAACAGCGUUGCCCAGUCCAGGAGGGAUCCAGAUAGCAGGAAAGACCCCCAGUGACAUCACGUAUGAACAACACAUCUCAAACAUGCAAAAGAAAAUCAAUGACACCAUUGCCAAAAACAAAGAGCUCUAUGAGAUCAACCCUCCGGACUUGGUUGAAGAGGUGAUUGGCUCUCCGAUCCCUGAACCCCGGCAGCGUUCCCGCCUCUUUCGCUCUCACUCAGAGAGCUCAGAUGAAGUGUCAGAGUUAGACUUGUCUCAUGGAAAGAAAGAUGCCUUUGUUCUGGAGAUUGAUGACACGGAUGCUGUUGAAGACAUUCACUCCCUCCUUACUGAUGCCCCAACGCCUCCAGGGUUUUACAGCUGCAACACUGAAAUCAUGCCUGGGAUUUAUAACUGGACUUCAGCUUUACAGAUGUUUACGUCCGUGAGGGUCUUUCGUCUCAGCAAUGUAAAUCUGACUAAUCAGGGCCUGAAUAAGGUCUUCAAUGACCUCUGUGAGAACCUGCUUAAGAGUCUGUACUUCAAACUGCGCUCCAUGGUGCCCUGCUGCCUCUGCCAUGUGAACUUUACUGUUGCUGUGCCUGAAGAUGAGCUUAUACAGGUGGCAGUGACAGCUGUUGCUAUGAGCUUUGAUAAAGAUCAGACACAGGAGAAUGGCAGACAAAGUAUAGACAAGAAUCUUAUGAAAGCGAUUACAGAAAAUGAAGAUCAGCUUCAGUUCCCUCUAGAGCUCUCUGCUGAAUCCUCCUCCAAUCCCCUCAACUCUGCUAAAGGUUUGUCUGAGGUUUCAGGCCCCCUGCCGAGUGCACGAGCCCCCUCAGUUGAUUACAGUUCCUUUACAGAUAGAUGCAGCUCCUGGAUAGAGCAGCUUAGACUGAAAGCUCAUACCAUAAGAUGCGGAUCAAUUAAAACAAUGUCAUCCCUAGAGAAAGCAAGUCCAUUGCCGGAGGGUCGUUCUCGUUCUCUCAGGUCAAAUCGCUCCUACGCCGGUAGUUCAGUCACAGUGGUCAAGAUGACCCCACUCUCUUUUAUUCCCGGAACGAAAAUAAUCAAGUACCUCGGCAUCAUUAACAUGUUCUUCAUCAGGGAGACCACUUCACUACGAGAGGAGGGUGGUGUGAGUGGGUUCCUGCAUUCGUUUAUCGCUGAGGUUUUCGCUAUGGUACGAGCCCAUGUAGCUGCUCUUGGUGGAAAUGCUGUUGUGUCCUACAACAUGAAGGAGUGUGUGUUUAUGGAGAAUCCUAACAAGAACCAGGCUCAGUGCCUUAUCAAUGUGAGUGGAGAUGCUGUGAUCUUCGUUCGAGAGUCUGAGCUUGAGGCAACUCCUCCACAGCCACAUUCAGCAAGUGCACAGACCUCCAGCAGUGGAGAGGGAACGUGAAGAUUCACAAGCAGACACACACCCUCUAUAACCUUAAACACAUGUACACUCCAAGUCUAGAAGAUUUAGUGUCUGUCUCUGCAGAUCCAAGCAGACUUCCAAAGAUGAAUAAAGAAAAGUGAACUUUUUCCCAGGUGAACUCAUAUAGAUUGAUUGGCAGAGUGGCAUACUUUGUAUAAAUAUUUCUCGUCCAUGUUGAUACAAUGUCGUUACGAGCUUUUACUGAAAGCCUUUUUGCAAGGAAAAUCGCCAUGCUUUUAUUUAUCGGCCAUGUUUGUAGACAUUCCGUUCAUCCAAGAGAAGACCGAGGCAGCUAAGAGAUGUGACGUUUGAGUGUAUGAGUCUGCAAAGAAUGUCCAAGUGUCAACGUUGAGAGUCUUUCAGUGGCCAUCUUUUAUUAUUCCACCAAAGGAAUGAAGUAAACACAUGCACUCAUGCUUACGUCCUGUUCAGCGUGCUGAACACAAAACUCCUGCCAUGCUUAGUGUCAUUUUAGACAUCUCUCAUGAUGUACUACUACUGAUCAUAUUUCAAUCAUGUAAAAAUGCUGGAAAUAUUUUUUUUUUCUAUUUUUAAACCAUGUGCCAGAUUGGCUGCAUUUUCUGUAAAAAAAAAAAAAAAAAAAGGAAAAAAAGAAAAAGCAGUUUGGGAUUAACCCUCACUGAUCAUAGUUUCUUAUUCUUGCAUGUGCAAUGCCAGCUAGUUCUUUCCAUACUUAUAUAUGAGGGCAGAGGGAUGCCAAAGCAAAGUGCCCAGGAAAGACUUGAAUGUACAGAUGGAGGUGAACAGAAGGCCGUUGGCUUGAAGAGGCUGGCAGCUUGCUGAAACCUCUGCUCAUUUAUGGACUGAUGGUCUACAGUGUAUGUCUGUCUGUCUGUUUGCCUGAGGACAAAUCAAAUGGUGCAGAGUAAUUAAAAUAUCUAUGUUAAUAACUGG